UAUUGUGCAGUUUGAUUCAAACCCGAACCCGAGUAUACCUCCUUAUAUAUAUGUUUAGGGUUUUACACCAAGUGUGGCGUCCUUGUGUCGACUUCUGCGAAGACAUCUCAAACGAACCACACGAGCACGAUGACUGCCGAGACCCAGGAGGAGCUUCUCGCUGCCCACCUUGAACAGCAAAAGAUUAACCCUGAUGAGCCUGUAGUCGAGGAUGAAGACGAUGAAGACGAUGAUGAUGAGAGUGAUGACAAGGAGGAAGAUGAUGCUGAAGGACAAGGAGACGGAACUGCUAGGUCUAAGCAGAGCCGAAGUGAGAAGAAGAGUCGCAAGGCAAUGUUGAAACUUGGAAUGAAGCCAAUUCCUGGUGUCAGCCGGGUUACUGUCAAAAAGAGCAAGAAUAUUCUGUUUGUUAUAUCUAAACCAGACGUUUUCAAGAGCCCCGUUUCAGACAUGUAUAUUGUUUUUGGGGAGGCAAAGAUUGAGGAUUUGAGCUCUCAACUGCAGACUCAGGCUGCAGAGCAGUUCAAAGCUCCUAAUAUUAGUAAUGUGAUUUCAAAGCCUGAGCCAUCAGCGGUGGCACAAGACGAUGAAGAUGUUGAUGAAACUGGUGUGGAACCCAAGGACAUUGAGUUGGUAAUGACACAAGCUGGGGUUUCGAGAUCAAGGGCUGUGAAAGCACUCAAAGCUGCGGAUGGUGACAUAGUUACUGCUAUUAUGGAACUGACAAACUGAGGCACUGUCAUUAAGAUGUUACAUUGCAACUAGAGGACCAUACAUUUUCCCGCUCCAAGUAUAAGUUCUUGAAUUCGCUGCGGCGGUUUUGAGGUUGCAGCUAUGUUAUACUCUCUUUAUUUUCUUUCUUGUUCAGAAGAUAAAAAGGGUUUUUACUCGUU